AAUUUUAGUUCUCAUUUAUAUGUCUGUCUUAAUGAACUUACUGUUUUUGCUAUUUCAAGGAUUUCACUGUCAGAAAAGAGACCAAACUUUUACCACCAUGGUGGAUGUGAAGUGUCUGAGUGACGCUGAAUUACAGAAUGAACUUGGCAAGCUUGGAUUUUCACCCGGCCCAAUACUACCUUCCACCAGAAAAGUGUAUGAGAAAAAGUUAGUGCAAUUGUUGGUCUCAACUCCCUGCACACUGCCUGUGGUGAACGGACCCAGAGACCAGGACAGAGCUCAGGACGAUGAUGACAGUGAAGAGCUUAAUGCCACUAUCAUUUUGAAAGGAAAUAUCAUACUCUCAUCAGAAAAAAACAAGAGACCCCAAAAAACAGCCAAGGCUUCCACCAGUAACCCAAAAGCCCUGGAUAUCAUCUGCCUGGAUUGUAAAAAUUCUGCAGGAAGAAGGUGUCCUGCAAGAGUGUCAGUCAGAUUCAGAGAACGGAGCAACAUCAGAGAGAAAGCCUACUGCAUCAUAAAGAGAGGAGCUGGGAACAGGAACCUAGAAACAUUUCCAGUGGGCUUGAAGCUUGCUGUGUUUGGCAUCUUCAUCAUUGUGAUGCUUGUCUACAUAACUGUGGAAAGGAAGCCGCUCUUUGGCUAA